CUCAAGUCCGGAGCUCAGGCCCCUGAACUCAGCACAGAGGCCUGCCUGCCUGCUUGCCACAGGCCCCUGUUGCUCCCAUUGCUGAAGAGCUUUGUUGGCCUCCUCCUGGUGCCCUACCCGUGCCCUGGACUUACCACUCGGCAGCCAUGGUGGCAGGCAUGCUCAUGCCCCUGGAGCAGCUGAGGGCCAUUUACGAGGUGCUCUUCCGGGAGGGGGUGAUGGUGGCCAAGAAGGACCCGCGGCCCCGCAGCCUGCACCCCCACGUGCCCAGCGUCACCAACCUGCAGGUCAUGCGUGCCAUGGCCUCCCUGCGGGCACGAGGCCUGGUGCGGGAGACCUUCACCUGGCGCCACUUUUACUGGUACCUCACCAACGAGGGCGUGGCCCACCUGCGCCAGUACCUGCACCUGCCUCCGGAAAUCGUGCCUGCCUCUCUGCAGCGUGUGCGCCGUCCUGUUGCCAUGGUGAUGCCAGGGCGCCACACCCACCACAUGCAGGCCAUGCAGGGUACCUUGGGCUGCCGGCCCAAGCGGGGACACCUGCCAGCUGAGGACCCUGUCCAUGAGGAGCGGAGGGUCUACCGCCGAAAGGAGCCUGGGGAGGGGGCCCCUGAGCCCCCUGUUGUGCCUGCCACCACUUCUGGGACCCUGGCGAGGCCUGGCCCGGAGCCUGCCCCAGCCACAGACGAGCGGGACCGUGUGCAGAAGAAAACCUUCACCAAGUGGGUCAACAAGCACCUCAUCAAGGCCCAGAGGCACAUCAGUGAUCUGUAUGAAGACCUCCGUGAUGGCCACAACCUCAUCUCCCUGCUGGAGGUGCUAUCCGGGGACAGCCUGCCCCGAGAAAAGGGGAGGAUGCGCUUCCACAAGCUGCAGAAUGUGCAGAUUGCCCUGGACUACCUCCGACAUCGCCAGGUGAAGUUAGUGAACAUUAGGAACGAUGACAUCGCGGAUGGCAAUCCCAAGCUGACCCUCGGCCUGAUUUGGACCAUCAUCCUGCACUUCCAGAUCUCAGACAUCCAGGUGAGUGGGCAGUCCGAGGACAUGACAGCCAAGGAGAAGCUGCUGCUGUGGUCUCAGCGCAUGGUGGAGGGCUACCAGGGUCUGCGCUGCGACAACUUCACCUCCAGCUGGCGUGACGGCCGCCUCUUCAAUGCCAUCAUCCAUCGGCACAGGCCCAUGCUCAUCGAUAUGAACAAGGUGUAUGGUCAGACCAACCUGGAGAACCUGGACCAGGCCUUCUCUGUGGCUGAGCGGGACCUGGGAGUGACCCGGCUGUUGGACCCUGAAGACGUGGACGUCCCUCAGCCUGAUGAGAAAUCCAUCAUCACAUACGUCUCGUCCCUGUAUGAUGCCAUGCCCCGUGUGCCUGACGCGCAGGAUGGAGUGAAGGCCAAUGAGCUGCAGCUGCGCUGGCAGGAGUACCGGGAGCUAGUGUUGCUCCUGCUGCAGUGGAUCCGGCACCACACAGCUGCCUUCGAGGAGCGCAAGUUUCCUUCCAGCUUCGAGGAGAUUGAGAUCCUGUGGUGCCAGUUCUUGAAGUUUAAGGAGACAGAGCUUCCGGCCAAGGAGGCUGACAAGAACCGAUCCAAGGGCAUCUAUCAGUCCCUGGAGGGGGCGGUGCAGGCAGGCCAGCUCAAGGUGCCACCUGGCUACCACCCGCUGGACGUGGAGAAGGAGUGGGGGAAGCUGCACGUCGCCAUCCUGGAGCGGGAAAAGCAGCUCCGGAACGAGUUUGAGAGGCUGGAGUGUCUUCAGCGUAUCGUAAGCAAACUGCAGAUGGAGGCUGGGCUGUGCGAGGAGCAGCUGAACCAGGCCGACGCCCUGCUGCAGUCGGACAUUCGGUUGCUGGCCGCAGGCAAGGUACCACAGCGGGCCGGUGAGGUGGAGCGGGACCUGGACAAGGCAGAUGGCAUGAUCCGGCUGCUAUUCAAUGAUGUGCAGGCCCUGAAGGAUGGGCGGCACCCACAGGGCGAACAGAUGUACCGCAGGGUGUACCGCCUGCAUGAGCGCCUGGUGGCCAUUCGCACUGAGUACAACCUUCGGUUGAAGGCGGGUGUCGCGGCCCCCGUGACCCAGGUAACCCAAGUGACACUGCAGAGCACGCAGCGGCGCCCGGAGCUCGAGGACUCCACUCUGCGUUACCUGCAGGACCUUCUGGUCUGGGUGGAGGACAACCAGCGCCGGGUAGACAGUGCCGAGUGGGGUGUGGACCUGCCCAGCGUGGAGGCACAGCUGGGCAGCCACCGUGGCCUGCACCAGUCCAUUGAGGAGUUCCGGGCCAAGAUUGAACGGGCACGGACAGACGAGGGCCAGCUCUCCCCAGCCCUCAGGGGCACCUACCGCGACUGCCUGGGCCGGUUGGACCUGCAGUAUGCCAAGCUGCUGAACUCUUCCAAGGCCCGCCUGCGGUCCCUGGAGAGCCUGCAUGGCUUUGUGGCCGCCGCCACCAAGGAGCUGCUGUGGCUGAGUGGGAAGGAGGAGGAGGAGGUCGGCUUUGACUGGAGUGAGCGCAACGCCAACAUGGCCGCCAAGAAGGAGAGCUACUCGGCACUGAUGCGUGAGUUGGAGCUGAAGGAAAAGAAAAUCAAGGAGAUCCAGAACACUGGGGACCGGCUGCUGCGGGAGGACCACCCUGCGCGGCCCACAGUGGAGUCCUUCCAGGCGGCCUUGCAGACCCAGUGGAGCUGGAUGCUACAGCUGUGUUGCUGUGUUGAGGCUCACCUGAAGGAGAACACUGCCUACUUCCAGUUCUUCUCAGAUGUGCGGGAGGCUGAGCAGCAGCUGAGGAAGCUGCAGGAAACACUGCGCAGGAAGUACACCUGUGACCGCUCCAUCACUGUCACUCGCCUUGAGGACCUGCUGCAGGAUGCCCAGGACGAGAAAGACCAGCUGAAUGAGUAUAGGGGGCACCUCUCAGGCCUUGCCAAGCGGGCCAGAGCCAUUGUGCAGCUGAAGCCCCGUAAUCCAGCCCAACCCGUGCGGGGCCAUGUGCCACUGCUGGCUGUGUGUGACUACAAGCAGGUGGAGGUGACCAUGCACAAGGGUGAUGAGUGCCAGCUGGUGGGCCCUGUGCAGCCAUUCCAUUGGAAGGUGGUCAGCAGCUGUGGUAGCGAGGCCACCGUGCCCUCUGUGUGCUUCCUUGUGCCCCCGCCCAACCCAGAGGCCCAGGAAGCUGUCACCAGGCUAGAGGCCCAGCACCAGGCCCUGGUUUCGCUGUGGCACCAGCUGCAUGUGGACAUGAAGAGCCUUCUGGCAUGGCAGAGCCUCAGCCGUGACACGCAACUCAUCCGCUCCUGGUCCCUGGUCACGUUCCGCACACUGAAGCCAGAGGAGCAGCGCCAGGCCCUGCGCAACCUGGAGCUACACUACCAGGCCUUCCUGCGGGACAGCCAGGACGCCGGCAGCUUCGGGCCUGAGGACCGGCUGCAGGCCGAGCGUGAAUACAGCUCAUGCAGCCGCCAUUACCAGCAGCUGCUGCAGAGCCUGGAGCAGGGUGAGCAGGAGGAGUCCCGCUGUCAGCGAUGCAUCUCAGAGCUCAAGGACAUCCGGCUGCAGCUAGAGGCCUGUGAGACCCGUACUGUGCACCGCCUGCGGCUGCCACUGGACAAGGAGCCUGCGCGGGAGUGUGCGCAGCGUAUUGCGGAGCAGCAGAAAGCACAGGCUGAGGUGGAAGGGCUGGGCAAGGGGGUUGCUCGACUCUCUGAGGAGGCUGAGAAGGUCCUGGCCCUGCCCGAGCCAUCACCUGCUGCCCCUACUCUGCGCUCAGAGCUGGAGCUGACCCUGGGCAAACUGGAGCAGGUUCGCAGCCUCUCCGCCAUUUAUCUGGAGAAGCUCAAGACUAUCAGUCUGGUGAUCCGAAGCACGCAGGGGGCUGAGGAGGUGCUCAGGGUCCACGAGGAGCAGCUCAAGGAGGCCCAGGCGGUGCCCUCCACCCUCCCAGAGCUCGAGGCCACCAAGGCUGCACUCAAGAAGCUGCGGGCCCAGGCGGAGGCACAGCAGCCUGUGUUCAAUGCCCUGAGGGACGAACUGCGCGGGGCGCAGGAGGUGGGGGAGCGGUUGCAGCAGCGGCACGGGGAGCGGGACGUGGAGGUGGAGCGCUGGCGUGAGCGAGUGGCCCAGCUGUUGGAGCGCUGGCAGGCUGUGCUGGCCCAGACUGACAUGCGGCAGCGUGAGCUCGAGCAGCUGGGCCGCCAGCUGCGUUACUACCGAGAGAGUGCAGACCCGCUCGGCUCCUGGUUGCAGGACGCCAAGCAGCGGCAGGAGCAAAUCCAGGCCGUGCCUCUGGCCAAUAGCCGGGCCGUGCGGGAGCAGCUGCGGCAAGAGAAGGCGCUGCUGGAGGAAAUUGAGCACCAUGGAGAAAAGGUGGAGGAGUGCCAGAGAUUUGCGAAGCAGUACAUCAACGCCAUUAAGGACUAUGAGCUCCAGCUGGUCACAUACAAGGCACAGCUUGAGCCGGUGGCCUCUCCGGCCAAGAAGCCCAAGGUCCAGUCAGGGUCUGAGAGCGUCAUCCAGGAGUACGUGGACCUUCGCACGCGCUACAGCGAGCUGACCACGCUGACGAGCCAGUACAUCAAGUUCAUCAGUGAGACUCUGCAUCGCAUGGAGGAGGAGGAGAGGCUGGCUGAGCAGCAGCGGGCAGAGGAGCGGGAGCGCCUGGCGGAGGUGGAGGCUGCGCUGGAGAAGCAGCGGCAGCUGGCGGAGACACACGCACAAGCAAAGGCACAGGCAGAGCGGGAAGCGCAGGAGCUCCAGCGGCGCAUGCAGGAGGAGGUGGUGCGGCGGGAAGAGGCGGCGGUGGACGCGCAGCAGCAGAAGCGCAGCAUACAGGAAGAGCUGCAACACCUGCGGCAGAGCUCGGAGGCCGAGAUCCAGGCCAAGGCCCGGCAGGCAGAGGAGGCUGAACGCAGCCGGCUGCGCAUCGAAGAGGAGAUCCGCAUGGUGCGCUUACAACUGGAGACCACUGAGCGGCAGCGCAGCGGGGCUGAGGGCGAACUGCAGGCCCUGCGUGCGCGGGCGGAGGAGGCAGAGGCGCAGAAGCGGCAGGCGCAGGAGGAGGCGGAGCGAUUGCGUCGGCAGGUGCAAGAUGAGACCCAGCGCAAGCGGCAGGCGGAGGCGGAGCUGGCCCUGCGCGUGACGGCCGAGGCAGAGGCCGCACGUGAGAAGCAGCGGGCCCUGCAGGCACUAGAGGAGCUACAGCUGCAGGCGGAGGAGGCAGACCGACGUCUUCGGCAGGCGGAGGCCGAGCGAGCCCGCCAGGUGCAGGUAGCCCUGGAGACUGCCCAGCGCAGCGCAGCGGCGGAACUGCAGAGCAAGCGCGCCUCCUUCGCGGAGAAGACCGCUCAGCUGGAGCGCACACUUCAGGAAGAGCACAUCACCGUGACGCAGCUGCGGGAGGAGGCCGAGCGGCACGCGCAGCAGCAGGCCGAGGCCGAGCGGGCCCGGGAGGAGGCGGAGCGGGAGCUGGAGCGCUGGCAGCUGAAGGCCAACGAGGCGCUGCGGCUGCGGCUGCAGGCGGAGGAGGUGGCGCAGCAGAAGAGCCUGGCGCAGGCCGAGGCCGAGAAGCAGAAGGAAGAGGCGGAGCGUGAGGCCCGGCGGCGGGGCAAGGCAGAGGAGCAGGCAGUGCGGCAGCGGGAGCUGGCCGAGCGGGAGCUAGAGAAGCAGCGGCAGCUGGCGGAGGGCACCGCCCAGCAGCGCCUGGCUGCAGAGCAGGAGCUCAUCCGUCUGCGGGCUGAGACAGAGCAGGGCGAGCAGCAAAGGCUGCUGCUGGAGGAGGAGCUGGGACGGCUGCAGCGCGAGGCAGCUGCGGCCACACAGAAGCGCCAGGAGCUGGAGGCAGAGCUGGCCAAGGUGCGCGCAGAGAUGGAGGUGCUGUUGGCCAGUAAGGCACGAGCGGAGGAGGAGUCACGCUCCACCAGCGAGAAGUCCAAGCAGAGGCUGGAAGCCGAGGCGGGCCGGUUCCGCGAGCUGGCGGAGGAGGCCGCCCGCCUGCGGGCGCUGGCCGAGGAGGCCAAGCGGCAGCGGCAACUCCGGCAACUCGCGGAGGAGGACGCCGCGCGGCAGCGGGCGGAGGCGGAGCGGGUGCUUGCCGAGAAGCUGGCGACCAUCGGCGAGGCGACGCGGCUCAAGACAGAGGCCGAGAUCGCGCUGAAGGAGAAGGAAGCGGAAAACGAGCGCCUGCGGCGGCUGGCUGAAGACGAGGCCUUCCACCGGCGGCGGCUGGAGGAGCAGGCGGCCCAGCACAAGGCCGACAUUGAGGAGCGGCUGGCGCAGCUGCGCAAGGCGUCGGAGAGCGAGCUGGAGAGGCAGAAGGGGCUGGUGGAGGACACGCUGCGGCAGCGGCGGCAGGUGGAGGAGGAGAUCCUGGCCCUGAAGGCGAGCUUUGAGCGGGCGACCGCAGGCAAGGCGGAGCUGGAGCUGGAGCUGGUGCGCAUCCGCAGCAACGCGGAGGACACGCUGCGCAGCAAGGAGCAGGCGGAACUGGAGGCCGCUCGGCAGCGGCAGCUGGCGGCGGAGGAGGAGCAGCGGCGGCGGGAGGCGGAAGAGCGUGUGCAGAAAAGCCUGGCGGCCGAGGAGGAGGCGGCGCGGCAGCGCAGAGUGGCACUGGAGGAGGUGGAGCGGCUCAAGGCCAAGGUGGAGGAGGCUCGGCGCCUGCGUGAGCGGGCGGAGCAGGAGUCAGCGCGGCAGCUGCAGCUGGCCCAGGAUGCCGCGCAGAAGCGGCUGCAGGCGGAGGAGAAGGCGCACGUGUUUGCAGUGCAGCAGAAGGAGCAGGAGCUGCAGCAGACCCUGCAGCAGGAGCAGAGCGCUGCUGCAGAGAAGCUGCGCAAGGAAGCCGAGCAGGAGGCCAAGCGGCGGGCGCAGGCAGAACAGGCGGCCCUGCGGCAGAAGCAGGCAGCGGACGCGGAGAUGGAGAAGCACAAGAAGUUUGCCGAGCAGACACUGCGGCAGAAGGCGCAGGUGGAGCAGGAGCUGAUGGCUCUGAAGCUGCAGCUGGAGGAGACGGACCACCAGAAAGGCAUCUUGGACGAGGAGCUGCAGCGGCUGAAGGCGGAGGUGACGGAGGCCGCCCGCCAGCGCAGCCAGGUGGAGGAGGAGCUCUUCUCUGUGCGGGUGCAGAUGGAGGAGCUGGGCAAACUCAAAGCGCGCAUCGAGGCGGAAAACCGUGCGCUCAUCCUGCGCGACAAGGACAACACACAGCGCUUCCUGGAGGAGGAGGCCGAGAAGAUGAAACAGGUGGCAGAGGAGGCAGCGCGGCUGAGUGUGGCCGCCCAGGAGGCAGCGCGGCUGCGGCAGCUGGCGGAGGAGGACCUGGCGCAGCAGCGGGCGCUGGCUGAGAAGAUGCUCAAGGAGAAGAUGCAGGCAGUGCAGGAGGCCACGCGACUCAAGGCCGAGGCAGAGCUGCUGCAGCAGCAGAAGGAGCUCGCGCAGGAGCAGGCCCGGCGGCUGCAGGAGGACAAGGAGCAGAUGGCGCAGCAGCUGGCACAGGAGACACAGGGCUUCCAGCGUACCCUGGAGGCGGAGCGGCAGCGGCAGCUGGAGAUGAGCGCCGAGGCCGAACGCCUGAAGCUGCGUGUGGCAGAGAUGAGCCGGGCACAGGCCCGUGCAGAGGAGGAUGCCCAGCGCUUCCGGAAGCAGGCGGAGGACAUUGGGGAGAAGCUGCAUCGCACGGAGCUCGCCACGCAGGAGAAGGUGACGCUGGUGCAAACGCUGGAGAUCCAGCGGCAACAGAGUGACCAUGAUGCUGAGCGCCUGCGGGAGGCCAUUGCUGAGCUGGAGCGUGAGAAGGAGAAGCUCAAGCAGGAGGCUAGGUUGCUACAGCUUAAGUCCGAGGAGAUGCAGACGGUGCAGCAGGAGCAGCUGCUGCAGGAGACACAGGCCCUGCAGCAGAGCUUCCUCUCUGAGAAGGACAGCCUGCUGCAGCGGGAGCGCCUCAUCGAGCAGGAGAAGGCCAAGCUAGAGCGGCUGUUCCAGGACGAGGUGGCCAAGGCGCAGAAGCUACGUGAGGAGCAACAGCGGCAGCAGCAGCAGAUGGAACAGGAGAAGCAGCAGCUGGUGGCCAGCAUGGAGGAAGCCCGGCGGCGGCAGCGCGAGGCUGAGGAGGGCGUGCGGCGCAAGCAGGAGGAGCUGCAGUGCCUGGAGCAGCAGCGGCAGGCGCAGGAGAAGCUGCUGGCCGAGGAGAACCAGCGACUGCGUGAAAGGCUACAGCGGCUGGAGGAGGAGCACCGGGCCGCACUGGCACAUUCGGAGGAGAUUGCCUCCUCGCAGGCCUUGGCCGCCAAAGCCCUGCCCAACGGCCAGGAUGCACCUGAUGGCCUGGCCACCGAGGUGCAGCCUGAGUACGCCUUUGAUGGCCUGCGGCAGAAGGUGCCAGCCCAGCAGCUGCAGGACGUGGGCAUCCUGAGCAUGGAGGAGCUGCAGCGGCUGACACAGGGUCGCACCACGGUGGCUGAGCUUGCGCAGCGGGAGGAUGUGCGCCGCUACCUGCAGGGUCGCAGCAGCAUUGCAGGGCUGCUGCUAAAGCCAGCCAAUGAGAAGCUGAGUGUGUACGCUGCCCUGCAGAGGCAACUGCUGAGCCCGGGUACGGCCCUCAUCCUGCUUGAGGCCCAGGCGGCCUCAGGCUUCCUCUUGGACCCUGUGCGCAACCGGCGCCUGACUGUCAACGAGGCUGUGAAGGAGGGCGUUGUGGGCCCCGAGCUGCACCACAAGCUGCUUUCGGCAGAGCGCGCGGUCACCGGCUACAAGGAUCCCUACACCGGGGAGCAGAUCUCCCUCUUCCAGGCCAUGAAGAAGGACCUGAUCGUCAGGGACCACGGCAUCCGCCUGCUGGAGGCCCAGAUCGCUACGGGCGGCAUCAUCGACCCCGUGCACAGCCACCGCGUGCCCGUGCAUGUGGCCUACCAGCGCGGCUACUUCGACGAGGAGAUGAACCGCGUCCUGGCGGACCCGAGCGACGACACCAAGGGCUUCUUCGACCCCAACACGCACGAGAACCUCACCUACAUGCAGCUGCUGGAACGCUGUGUGGAGGACCCUGAGACUGGUCUUUGCCUCCUGCCGCUCACAGAUCAGGCUGCCAAGGGUGGCGAGCUGGUCUACACAGACUCGGAGGCCCGGGACGUGUUCAAGAAAGCCACUGUGUCCACACCAUUUGGCAAGUUCCAGGGCAGGACAGUGACCAUCUGGGAGAUCAUCAAUUCUGAGUACUUCACAGCAGAACAGCGGCGGGAUCUGCUUCGCCAGUUCCGCACGGGCAAGGUUACCGUGGAGAAGAUCAUCAAGAUCGUCAUCACUGUGGUUGAGGAGCAUGAACAGAAGGGACAGCUCUGCUUUGAGGGCUUGCGUGCCCUGGUUCCCGCUGCCGAGCUGCUGGAGAGCAGGGUCAUCGACCGUGACCUCUACCGCCAGCUGCAGCAGGGCGAGCGCUCAGUGCAAGAAGUUGCUGAGGUGGAUGUGGUGCGACGGGCCCUACGGGGCACCAAUGUCAUCGCGGGCGUGUGGCUGGAAGAAGCAGGGCAGAAGCUGAGCAUCUAUGAGGCCCUGAAGAAAGAUCUGCUGCAGCCAGAGGUCGCUGUGGCCCUGCUGGAGGCCCAGGCCGGCACUGGACAUGUCAUUGACCCUUCCACAAGCGCCCGGCUGACUGUGGACGAGGCCGUACGUGCCAGCCUGGUGGGGCCAGAGCUGCAUGAGAAGCUGCUGUCAGCUGAGAAGGCUGUAACAGGCUACAAAGACCCAUACUCAGGGCAGAGCGUGUCCCUGUUUCAGGCCUUGAAGAAGGGUCUCAUCCCCAAGGAGCAGGGUCUGCGUCUGCUGGAUGCCCAACUAUCCACAGGCGGCAUUGUGGACCCCAGCAAGAGCCACCGUGUGCCCCUGGAUGUUGCCUAUGCCCGGGGCUACCUGGACAAGGAGACCAGCGAAGCCCUGUCAGUGCCCAGGGACAAUGCCAAGACCUACUGCGACCCCAGGACACGGGAGCCGGUCACCUACAGCCAGCUCCAGCAGCAGUGCCGGUUCGACCCGCUGACGGGGCUGAGCCUGCUGCCACUUUCAGAAAAGGCUGCCCGGGCCUGGCAGGAGGAACUUUAUUCUGAGCUCCAGGCCCGUGAGGCCUUCCAGAAAGCAUCGGUUGAGGUCCCUGUGGGCAGCUUCCAGGGCAGGACAGUGACCAUCUGGGAGCUUAUCCACUCCGAGUACUUCACAGAGGAGCAGCAGCGGGAGCUGCUGCAACAGUUCCGCACGGGCAAAGUCACUGUGGAGAAGGUCAUCAAGAUCCUCAUCACCAUCGUGGAAGAGGUAGAAAUGCUGCGGCGGGAGAGGCUCUCCUUUAGUGGCCUCCGCGCCCCAGUGCUGGCCAGCGAGCUUCUGGACUCCGGGGUCCUCAGCAAGGCCCAGUUUGAGCAGCUCAAAGAUGGCAAGACGUCAGUCAAGGACCUGUCGGAGGUGGACUCCGUGCAGAUGCUCCUUCAGGGCAGUGGCUGCCUCGCUGGCAUCUACCUGGAGGACUCCAAGGAGAAGGUGACCAUCUAUGAGGCCAUGCGGCGAGGCCUGCUCACGCCCAGCACGGCCACACUCCUGCUUGAGGCCCAGGCGGCCACUGGCUUCCUAGUGGACCCCGUGCGGAACCAGCGGCUAUACGUCCAUGAGGCUGUGAAGGCGGGCGUUGUGGGCCCUGAGCUGCAUGAGAAGUUACUGUCGGCAGAGAAGGCUGUGACAGGCUACAAGGACCCAUACUCAGGCAGCACCAUCUCCCUCUUCCAGGCCAUGAAGAAGGGCCUGGUCCUCAGGGACCACGGCAUCCGCCUGCUGGAGGCCCAGAUCGCCACGGGCGGCAUCAUCGACCCUGUGCACAGCCACCGCCUCCCUGUGCACGUGGCCUAUCAGCGCGGCUACUUCGACGAGGAGAUGAACCGCGUCCUGGCGGACCCGAGCGAUGACACCAAGGGCUUCUUCGACCCCAACACGCAUGAGAACCUCACGUACAUGCAGCUGCUGGAGCGCUGUGUGGAGGACCCCGAGACUGGCUUGCGUCUCCUGCCGCUGAAGGGGGCAGAGAAGGUGGAGGUGGUGGAGACCACACAGGUGUACACAGAGGAGGAGACCCGGAGGGCAUUUGAGGAGACGCAGAUUGACAUCCCGGGCAGCAGCAGCCAAGGCAGUUCCACCAUGUCCCUGUGGGAGGUAAUGCAGUCGGACCUGAUCCCUGAGGAGCAGCGGACCCGGCUGAUGGCCGACUUCCAGGCUGGCCGGGUGACCAAGGAACGCAUGAUCAUCAUCAUCAUUGAGAUCAUCGAGAAGACUGAGAUCAUCCGCCAGCAGAACCUGGCUUCCUAUGACUACGUGCGCCGCCGCCUCACCGCUGAGGACCUGUACGAGGCGCGGGUCAUCUCCCACGAGACCUACAACCUGCUCCGGGAAGGCACCAAGAGCCUCCGUGAGGUGCUCGAGGCGGAGUCUGCCUGGCGCUACCUCUAUGGCACGGGCUGUGUGGCCGGCGUCUACCUGCCCGGCUCCCAGCAGACACUGACCAUAUACCAGGCCCUUAAGAAGGGAUUGCUGAGCGCAGAGGUGGCCCGCUUGCUGUUGGAGGCCCAGGCGGCCACAGGCUUCCUGCUGGACCCAGUGAAGGGCGAGCGGCUGACAGUGGAUGAAGCCGUGCGUAAGGGCCUGGUGGGCCCUGAGCUGCACGACCGGCUGCUGUCGGCCGAGCGGGCUGUGACCGGCUACCGCGACCCCUACACAGAGCAGCCUAUCUCACUUUUCCAGGCCAUGAAGAAGGACCUGAUCCCUGCCGAGGAGGCCCUGCGGCUGCUGGAUGCCCAGCUGGCCACAGGUGGCAUCGUGGACCCGCGCCUGGGCUUCCACCUCCCGCUGGAGGUGGCCUAUCAGCGCGGCUACCUCAACAAGGACACGUAUGACCAGCUGUCAGAGCCCAGCGAGGUGCGCAGCUACCUGGACCCCUCCACGGACGAGCGCCUCAGCUACACGCAGCUGCUCCGGCGGUGCCGCCGAGACGAGAACAGCGGGCAGCUGCUCCUGCCGCUUUCAGACACCCGCAGACUGACCUUCCGCGGGCUGCGCAAACAGAUCACAGUGGAGGAGCUGGUGCGCUCGCAGGUCAUGGAUGAGGCCACUGCCCGGCAGCUGCAGGAGGGCCUGGCCUCUGUGGAGGAGGUCACCAAGACCCUGCAGAAGUUCCUUGAGGGCACCAGCUGUAUUGCUGGUGUGUUUGUUGAUGCCACCAAGGAGAGGCUAUCAGUGUACCAGGCCAUGAAGAAGGGCAUCAUCCGUCCAGGCACGGCCUUUGAGCUCCUGGAGGCCCAGGCAGCCACUGGCUAUGUCAUCGACCCCAUUAAGGGGCUCAAGCUGACUGUGGAGGAGGCCGUGCGCAUGGGCAUCGUGGGCCCUGAGUUCAAGGACAAACUGCUGUCGGCAGAGCGUGCGGUCACUGGCUACAAGGACCCCUACUCUGGGAAGCUCAUCUCCCUCUUCCAGGCCAUGAAGAAGGGCCUGAUCCUGAAGGACCACGGCAUUCGCCUGCUGGAGGCCCAGAUCGCCACGGGCGGCAUCAUCGACCCCGAGGAGAGCCACCGGCUGCCCGUGCAGAUGGCUUACAAGCGCGGCCUCUUUGACGAGGAGAUGAAUGAGAUCCUGACAGACCCGAGUGACGACACCAAGGGUUUCUUCGACCCCAACACAGAGGAAAACCUCACCUACCUGCAGCUGAUGGAGCGCUGCAUCACCGAUCCCCAGACGGGCUUAUGCCUCCUGCCACUGAAGGAGAAGAAGCGGGAGCGGAAGACAUCCUCAAAGUCCUCGGUUCGCAAGCGCCGCGUGGUGAUCGUGGACCCUGAGACGGGCAAGGAGAUGUCAGUGUACGAGGCCUACCGCAAGGGCCUCAUUGACCACCCGACGUACCUGGAGCUGUCGGAGCAGGAGUGCGAGUGGGAGGAGAUCACCAUCUCCUCCUCGGAUGGCGUGGUCAAGUCCAUGAUCAUUGACCGCCGCUCCGGCCGCCAGUAUGACAUAGAUGAGGCCAUUGCAAAGAACCUCAUCGACCGCUCUGUGCUAGACCAGUACCGCGCUGGCACGCUCUCCAUCACCGAGUUUGCUGACAUGCUCUCGGGCAGUGCCGGCGGCUUCCGCUCCCGCUCAUCCUCGGUAGGGUCCUCCUCUUCCUACCCUGUCAGCCCCGCUGUCCCCAGGACCCAGCUGGCCGCCUGGUCUGACCCCACUGAGGAGACAGGCCCUGUGGCUGGCAUCCUGGACACAGAGACGCUGGAGAAGGUGUCCAUCACGGAGGCCAUGCACCGCAACUUGGUGGACAACAUCACAGGGCAGCGGCUGCUGGAGGCUCAGGCCUGCACCGGAGGCAUCAUCGAUCCCAGCACCGGCGAACGCUUCCCUGUCACUGAUGCCGUUAACAAGGGCCUGGUGGACAAGAUCAUGGUGGAUCGCAUCAACCUGGCCCAGAAGGCCUUCAAUGGGUUUGAGGACCCGCGCACCAAGACCAAGAUGUCGGCCGCCCAGGCCCUGAAGAAAGGCUGGCUCUACUACGAGGCAGGCCAGCGCUUCCUGGAGGUGCAGUACCUAACCGGCGGCCUGAUUGAGCCAGACACGCCAGGCCGUGUGCCCCUUGAUGAAGCCCUGCAGCGUGGCACAGUGGAUGCCCGCACCGCCCAGAAAUUGCGCGAUGUGGGUGCGUACUCCAAGUACCUCACCUGCCCCAAGACCAAGCUUAAGAUCUCCUACAAGGAUGCGCUGGAUCGCAGCAUGGUGGAGGAGGGCACAGGGCUGCGGCUGCUGGAGGCUGCCGCUCAGUCUAGCAAGGGCUACUACAGCCCCUACAGUGUCAGCGGCUCCGGUUCCACGGCCGGCUCCCGCUCCGGCUCCCGCACUGGUUCGCGCGCUGGUUCCCGCCGGGGCAGCUUCGAUGCCACCGGCUCCGGCUUCUCCAUGACCUUCUCCUCCUCCUCCUAUUCGUCCUCAGGCUAUGGCCGCCGCUACACCUCGGGGCCCACAACCUCCCUGGGGGGCCCUGAGUCUGCCACGGCCUGA